CCUCACGUGACGACUCCGUGCGAAGAGCGGUCUCGCACGCAGCUCUCGCGGUGCUUCGUCCCCCUCCCUUCCCCCCGCCCGCGUCCCCCUCUCGCCCUGGCCGCUCGCGCAGCUGCUCAGCUCUCGCUAUAUAAAGGGGCGAAGCGGGCAGAGCGGGCGGCUGGCGGCGGCGGCUGCAGCCCCAGAGCCGGCGGGAGAGGCCGGGCCAGGCCGCGGGGCAGCCCGUGAGCCGGGGACGCGCGGGAUCUAGGGGGGGACGCAGCCAGGCAGGUUUAUUGUUUUAGGGGCGACUCCCCCCCCGCGUUUGGGGGCGUCCCGGGGGGCUCGGGACAUGGCGAGCUCGACUAACACAAACCCCGUGCCUAAAUUGUACAGGUCUGUAAUUGAAGACGUCAUCAAUGAUGUCAGAGAAGUUUUCCUGGAUGAAGGAGUGGAUGAGCAAGUUCUUAUGGAACUCAAAACACUGUGGGAGAACAAAUUGAUGCAGUCCAAGGCUGUAGAUGGCUUCCAUUCAGAAGAACAGCAACUUCUGUUGCAGGUGCAACAACAGCAACAGCAGCAGCAACAGCAGCAUCAUCACCACCAUCAUCACACACAACCUCAGCCACAGCAGACUGUGCAGCAGCAGUCUCAGCCGCAACAGGUCCUUAUUCCAGCAUCUCAGCAAGCAGCUCAGCAGCAAGUUAUCGUGCCAGAUUCCAAGCUUAUACCGCACAUGAAUGCGUCAGGCAUGAGUGCUGCAGCCACUGCGGCUACAUUGGCUCUCCCUGCUGGUGUUACUCCUGUUCAGCAGAUACUUACAAAUUCAGGCCAGAUCCUCCAAGUAGUUAGAACUGCAAAUGGAGCUCAGUAUAUCAUUCAACCACAGCAGCCAGUUGUUCUACAGCAGCAGGUCAUACCACAAAUGCAGCCUGGUGGAGUACAAGCACCUGUUAUACAGCAGGUUUUGGCUCCUAUCCCUGGAGGGAUUUCCCAGCAGACAGGAGUGAUUAUUCAGCCUCAGCAGAUCCUGUUUACAGGAAAUAAAACACAAGUCAUACCUACAACAGUGGCUGCCCCUACACCAGCUCAAGCACAGAUUCCUGCAGCUGGUCAACAACAACCACAACAACAACCGGCACAACCACAAGCACCGCUUGUUCUCCAAGUUGAUGGAGCAGGGGACACAUCAUCUGAAGAAGAAGAAGAUGAGGAAGAAGACUAUGAUGAUGAGGAAGAGGAAGACAAAGAAAAAGAUGGGGGUGAAGAUGGCCAAGUUGAAGAGGAGCCUCUUAACAGUGAAGAUGAUGUGAGUGAUGAGGAAGGACAAGAACUGUUUGAUACAGAAAAUGUUGUUGUGUGCCAGUAUGAUAAGAUUCACAGAAGUAAAAACAAAUGGAAAUUUCAUCUCAAAGAUGGCAUCAUGAAUCUUAACGGAAGAGAUUAUGUAUUUUCCAAAGCCAUUGGGGAUGCAGAAUGGUGAAGUUUUAAAAGACAAAAAAACUCCCUGUAAAAGGAAAAAAAAAAAAAGCAGGAAAGGUUGAGACUUGGAUGUGUACUCUAAUCAAAUGUGUAUCUGCACAUCAGAAAUAAACAAUAAACAAAAAUAUUGGAACAAAGGUAAAAUGGGGCAACAAAGACACUACUUCAGCUGAGCAAGCCAUGGACUGUAGCAGCUAUAGCAUUGUCUGGGAGCUGGUUUUGUGUGUUAGGAAUACCUUAAUUAUCAAUUCUACAUACAGGUACCUGCAGCUGGUAUUUAGCAUGUAAGGCUUUGUUCCCCUUCCCCCCUCCCUCCCUUCUUCCCUUGAUUUACAAUUUUAAAAUACUUCUUCCAUUGAUUGAAGGAACUCUUCCCUUUGAUAGAUUAUUAAUCUGAAAAUGCUUAUUGUGUGUACAAAUCUUUGCUUUGAACACUUCCUUUUGGUAGUGAGGAUGGUCAGAAUGUUACUUAAACUGCGUGCAAGCUUUGUACAGAAGGGUAAGAAUUAAGGUGUUAAAUUUUAAAUAACUUGUAUAAGGAAAAUAUUUUUAAUUCUGAUAUGCUCAUUAAUUAUUAUAUCUAUUUGUUGUUUUCGGUUCCCCAUAAACAGGUGGUUGUUCCUGGCAGUUACAAAGUGGUAGAAUGAUCAUUUAUAUUUCAAAAUUAUUUUAAUUUCAUGUGAUCCCUUUUAUUUACGGCUGUGGCUUUUAAAUACAAAGCAACUCCCCCCACGCAAGUCAGAUUGCUUAACUUGUUAGUUAUAUUCUUGCUGUUUGGUUGUGGUUCAGCAUCACUAAAUUGAAACAACUAAUUAACUGUCCAUUGACAUUA